ACAGGAAACAGCUGGUUAAACAGAAAGAACUUUGUGAAACAUCCAAACAAGUUCUAUCCGCUGGAAAUAGAUUACGGCCAAGACGAAGAGGAGUUGAAGACCACAAUUGCACCAGGCAGCAAAUCGCUUCUUUCCGCUCCCAUUCAAGAACUGAUCAAAAUGAUAUUUGAUGUAGAGUCCAUGAAGAAAACACUCGUGGAAUUUGAAGUGAGCCUCUUUCUUGUACAGUAUCUCUCGGUAACUUAUAUAGGGGAGAAAGUCUUAAAGUAACAGGCUUUUCAGAUAAAAGAUGUUUUCUCUUUUUUUUGUUAGAUCGACUUAAAGAAAAUGCCCUUAGGAAAGCUAACAAAACGGCAGAUAGAAAGUGCAUAUGCUGUACUUGGAGAAGCACAGAAGGUUAGCGAUUAACAGAAAUAAUUAAUCUGGUUUAAGCUUCAAUGUAUUUAGCACUUUAACACGUAAGUAUAAUAUCUGAAGACACUACUGGAUGCCGGACCGCGGGCCACUUCCGAGUUCCAAAAACCCUGACUUUCAAAAUAAGACCAAAUGCACAACCUUUCUUGUGAAAAUGAGCCUUAUUUGCGUGAGAAUGAAAAAUCAUUUCCAUAUCAAAAGCUGAGCACUUAACCUCGUUUUGAUACAGAUGCCCGGGGAAACUCGGAAAUGGCCAAUUCUACGUGAUCAUCCGAGCUUGACGAUAGCCUAACUGUUUGCAGGGCAAAGGUAGCACCUUCGUUCUUAGUUGUUUGAAACUUAGUGUUGGUCUGGCUCCGAGAAUCGAACCCUUGACCGCCCGCUUAGCCGACUACGCUCCGCUCUACGGACUAAGGUUAACCGGACGCGGUUAGCCGUUAGCCGUUAACCUUUAGCCGAAACUUUAAGGUCGACAAUGCUUGAGAAUCUCCUCUGUUCUUCCAAUGGUUUGGCAGGGUAAUAAACGUGAACUUCUACUGAAACAUUCAGAAUAAAGUGGCAGGUACGCUCUUUUUAGAAAUACAUUUGUCCACUGUCUAGUGCAAAUGUAAUCUGACAAGGAAAGGCUCCGUGAACGAAGCGGAUCGUGAGAUAUUGGGGUAAAAUUAGACUUGCCACAAGUCGACCUCGCGACUUUCACAGCUGUUAAGAUGUAAAGCGAGCGAGGAGAACUUUUUGGGCCGCAUAGCGGCCUAGCGAGCUCAGCACAAAGUCGCGAGUUUCACAGCAGAAAAGUAGUGGGCCAUGUUAAAUAGGAAGAGUGGCUCUUAUGAAAUGUGAAAUGAUUGUAUACAUGUAAUGUUUCGUUUUGUUGUAUUUAUUAGUAGAAGUAUUUUCCUUUUCCUCUUUUCAUGUUUCGCAAAGUUUUUCUUUCUUGUAGUUUUAUUAAUUAACCUGUACAACGUUAACCGAUAUUUUCCAAGCAAAUGAGGCCCUGUCCACACGCAUCAGCUACAAUGGAGGACAAAAAUCCUUGGGACGGUUAUUGAAAACCUUCCUUCCAUAUCCUUAAAUAUCAAAUAUGCUGAUUUAGCGUCAUAUGCACUUCUGUAACAAUUUGGAUCCCGCGAAUGGCCCUCCCCUUCCCUCCCCAUUCCUAACAAUGUUGGGAUAAACAAACACUUGUAGUAUCCUGACUUUUUAAUAUCCUGAUUUGUAUGGACGGAGCCAAAACGUUGUAUCCAAAUGAAACUCUUUCUAACUUUUUUUGCUUGUUCUAUUGCAGCUCAUUUCAGAUGGUGGAAGCUCUAAUUCCAUUCUUGAUGCGUCCAACAGAUUUUACACACUUAUCCCACACGACUUUGGAAUGAAAAAGCCUCCAAUGUUGGACAACUUGGAGCUGAUUCAGGUGAUCCACACGUCUAGAAUUAAGAAGUGGGAUGAAUUAGUGGGAUUCCGGAUUUCUUGAGCUGUAUUUCGGAUUCCACUGCAAAAUUUUUCUCCAUUCCGGAUUCCGGGUUCCCUUACAUGGGUACAAUUCGUAACACGACUACAUUACAAUAGACCUUUUUCACAAAAACUGCCAUCUUUGCACGCGCUAAAGGACUGAUGGGAAAAAAGCAUUGUCACGUGGUUUCUCAGGGGCCAAACAAAUGAUAAAAGCUGGCAAUGCAAGAAAUCGCGGUUGAGUUUGUUCACUCUAGACAACAGAAAAUAAAGAACUUUUGAUAAUAAAGACGAUAAUGGCAAAUUAUGGGUAGAAGUAAACAUCGUUACUUCUGUGGAUGCUAUGGCGACCGGUCUAGCGACCGUAGAUGUCCUCACAGCAAACAAUAAUGACGUAAAUCUUGUCGAAACUCGAAAUGUAUUUUUUGCUAGACUAUUAAAUCAUCGUCUUGUUUUGAUAGCAUAAACAAACCCAACCGCGAUUUCUUGCAUUGGCAGCUUUAAUCAUUUGUUUGCCCUCUGAGAAACCACGUGACAUUGCUUUAUGCCCAUAAGGGCUGAGUUGCUCAAAGCAUGGUUAGCUUUAACCCUUGGUUAAGCAGUAUCAAAACCAAUACGUUGUCAAGGUAUUAAACGCUGGUUAACGCUAACCAUGCUUCGAGCAACUGGGCCCAGUUUUUUAGCGCGUGCAAAGAUGCGGAUGUCGUGAAUAAGGUCUAUUACAUGUCAUCACCGGUAUCCGACAUAUGUUUUCGACAGAGUAGCAACGAAAGUGCUUAUCUAAUUGCAUUCGAACAACUGUAGUAUCUGUCUUCUAGCAUCCGUAUGGAGCGUUUUAACUCACGUGACCAGCAUCUAUGCAAAUUUAUUGCAACAAAAGAAAGCCUUUACAUUAGAAAAGAGUUUAACUCCCUCAGGACUGGUUUGGAACACCAACAUGGCCGCCGUGACGUCAUGUGAAAACGCUCUAUUUGCUUUGUUCUUUACCAGACCGUAUUUACUUUCGAAUCUGUAUAAAUAAAGUGAUUAUUUUCGCAUAAAAACGUUAUAGUAAAGUUUGAACGAAAUCUUUACACAGCGGUCACCCUGUAUUUAACGGUCACCUGUCCAUUUCCCUAGGGUAACCGUUAGUAUACAGGUUUGAUUGUAACUCUUGUUUUAAAAUUUCGUUUAAGGCUAAAGUUGGUAUGUUGGACAACUUGCUCGAUAUCGAAGUAGCGUACAGCUUGUUGAAGAGCGGAGAGGAAGAUCUGGCUAAGGAUCCUUUGGACGUUAAUUACGAAAAACUAAAUACUGAUUUGGAGGUAAAUAAAUAAUGGUUUUUGUUUUUCAUUCGAAAGUGAUUUUUUUCCCAGAUUCUGAUGUUUGUUUUUAUUAAUUUAAGGUUCUUUGCAAAGACUCCAAGGAAUUUUCAAUGAUCGAGCAGUACGUGAAAAACACACACGCUGAAACGCAUACUCAGUACGAGCUGGAAGUGCUAGAGGUAAGCGAGGUUGAUUUCAAUCCCUUGUUUCUUUUACAGUGGAGAGUUACAGUUACUUUCAUUCAAGCGUCUAUAAUUUAUUUUUGGCUGGGAUUUAGCUGCUGUCAGUAUGAUCAGGGUGUACUGUCAACGAAACUGUCCGCAAGAGGGAAUUUGUGUUACCGAAAAUACCUCCUUACAUUUGAAGAGCAUUUAUGUAACCCCGCCUAUGACAGACUCAAGUCCAAAAAUCUCGAUACUCCUAUACGAAUGUACCUUGUCUAAAUUGAGGAAUACAAGCCCGUUGUCUUUCUUUCUCGCGUCCAGGUUUUCAAGGUGAACCGUCACGGAGAAGGCGAUCGAUUUCAGCCAUUCAGAGAGCUUCACAAUCGCCGCUUGUUAUGGCAUGGAUCCCGCACUACAAACUACGCUGGCAUCUUGUCUCAAGGGCUCAGGAUCGCGCCGCCGGAAGCCCCAGUGGUAAGCAGUGUUACAGUG